AUGGCCAUUCAACUAUCAUAUGAGCAAGCAAAAGAAUGGGAGACCCAAAUUAUUGGAAGCCUCCCCGAGUGUCUUUUCACACGCAAUCCAACACUACAAUCGCGAGCCAUUGAAUACUUUGCCAGCGUGCGCCUGGUGGAGUGGCGCGGCCGUGUAAAGAACUACCAUGGCCCCUUUGACACGGCAGAGUGGCUGCAACAACGGCGAAGCCAGGAAGAGGGCCCGAGUUCGGGUUCACUGGCCAAAGUUCGGGAUACCACCGAGAUGGAACAGCCUGUACACCACCUGCGACAACUUCGCAAGAGCGUGACCGAGUUCCACGGCUUCAUGUCCCUGCCGCGCGAGCUGCGCGAUAUGGUCUAUCGCCACCUCGUCGUGACUGACGCCAAACGAUUCGGGGAGCGAAUAUGCGUUGCGCGAGGGAAAGAUUUCAACCAAAUGGUUCGGAUCCACGACCGAUGUCCGAAUCUCUGGAACAAUCAAUUGUUGGGCUCCAAUUUGCCUCUCCUUCCCUGCACGGGCGCCUUGAGAGGUGUCAGCAGGCAAUUCCAUCUUGAGGCCAGUCGUGUCUUCUUCCAGAACAACAGGUUCAUCCUUCCUGGCCGCGAUUGUUCAUGGCCCCGGUUCCUCAAUGGCGAAGAUCCAAAGAACGAGUUUGACGUAGAGCUAAAGGAGCUGACACUUUCAAUGCGCGAUGUCAGCUACACUUUUGACGCCUAUAUCCCCACUAUGAAGAACAACCAGGGUCAGUUUAUAGGGGCUUUCGACCACAUACCGCCGCCGGCCGUGCAGGAGUUUCUAGGCCGUCUGCACAACAGUAGAAAUGUUUCCUUGCAGAACAGGUGGACUCAAAAGAUACUCGCAAUGCGGGAGAUGCGUAGUCUGGAAAGGUUACACAUUGACUUGGAUGAGUGCUCCUGCGGGUUUGGAUGCUGUAGAAAGGUCGAGUGGGUACUCAACACCCUCACAGAUAGCUUCAAGGGCCCAGUCAACGCUGAAUGGUGCGAGAAAGACUUUGGAGGUCCUUGUUACCAAGCUCCCAAAGUCGUUGAGAUCGGUGGUUGGAGAAAUGACGAAGAGAUGAACACAAUUCUUGAGAGACUGGAAUUGUUGAAGCCCAUUGGCAUGAAGGCUGUUCAUUUUCAGAGAGCGUCCCCAAAGAAGAAGUCGGACGAAUGUAUCUUGAACAACCCGGGUACCCCGUAG